AUGAGGCUUAGUGGACACCGAGCUGUAGGAUGUCGGGACAAGACAACCCGUGCACAGUUUAAGCAUCUCAGUUUCACACACCGGUUAUACAGCAACUGGUGUUGUUCUCGUGUACACCUGAGCAUCUGGAAGAGAAGCUUGGACAUCAGACCGAUCGAUACUCUCGACAGUGACACACCCAGCAACGGUACUCUCGAGAGUGACACACCUCACACCGAUACUCUCGACAGUGACACACCCAAUAACGAUACUCUCGACAGUGACACACCUCACACCGAUACUCUCGACAGUGACACACCCAAUAACGAUACUCUCGACAGUGACACACCUCACACCGAUACUCUCGACAGUGACACACCCUACACCGAUACUCUCGACAGUGACACACGCAACAACGAUACUCUCGACAGUGACACACCCUACACCGAUACUCUCGACAGUGACACACGCAACAACGAUACUCUUGACAGUGACACACCCAACAACGAUACUCUCGACAGUGACACACCCAACAACGAUACUCUCGACAGUGACACACGCAACAACGAUACUCUCGACAGUGACACACCUCACAACGGUACUCUCGACAGUGACACACCCAACAACGAUACUUUCGACAGUGACAGACCCAACAACGAUACUCUCGACAGUGACACACCCAAUAACGAUACUCUCGACAGUGACACACCUCACACCGAUACUCUCGACAGUGACACACCCUACACCAAUACUCUCGACAGUGACACACCCUACACCGAUACUCUCGACAGUGACACACCUCACACCGAUACUCUCGACAGUGACACACGCAACAACGAUACUCUCGACAGUGACACACCCUACACCGAUACUCUCGACAGUGACACACCCUACACCGAUACUCUCGACAGUGACACACCUCACACCGAUGCUCUCGACAGUGACACACCCUACACCGAUACUCUUGACAGUGACACACCUCAACACCGAUACUCUCGACAGUGA